AUUAUUCACCGAGGAUAUGAAUUUUGAUGAUGACAUUAGCCAUUGAGAAGGCUCUAGCCUCUUCCAAGCUUUUGCCUCUUCAUCAUCCCUUUAUCCGCCGUAUCUUUUAGCAUUACGGCCUAUACGGUGAUUAACUACGCUACUUCAAGUGGGUGGCCCCACCAAUUGAAGACACGGGACGUCCCCAACUGGAGCCUCGCUCUAGGAUCCAUGUGUCGGUCGCGAUCUCUUAUCCCCUCCCAAAAGAGGAGCCGAGGAGGAGCAGAGGAGAGGAGAGGCGAUGAAGGAGCGGAGGGUCUACACCAUCCUCGGCCUCCUCCUCCUCCUCACCUUCCUCUACCUCAACUACUCCUCCUCCUCCACCGCGGGGUUCGCGAUCAAGAUCCCGAUCCCAUGGCUCCAGCCUCGGAUGGGGUUCAUCGGCCGCAACGCCACGCGCUUCGUCGACAUCUCCUCGGGCUCCCCUCUCUACGUCAACGGGUGGAACUCCUACUGGCUCCUCUCCUCCGCCUCCCGCGACUCCGUCUCCGACAUGCUCCGCCGCGGCCGCGCCAUGGGCAUGGCCGUGUGCCGCACCUGGGCCUUCAGCGACGGCGGGCCCGGCGCACUCCAGAUCUCCCCCGGACGAUUCGAGGAGCGCGUGUUCGAGGCAUUAGAUUUUGUGAUCUAUGAAGCAAGGAGGAACGGAAUAAGGCUGAUUCUCAGCCUUGUAAAUAAUCUUAAUGCAUUUGGAGGGAAGGCUCAGUAUGUUAGAUGGGCACAAGAAGCUGGGGAGAAUGUAACGAUCUCAACAGAUUCAUUUUUCUCAAAUCCAACCAUAAAGGGCUACUACAAAAAUUACGUGAAGGCAAUAUUAACUAGAAGAAAUUCUUACAGUGGAAUCAAAUAUUCUGAUGAACCUGCCAUAUUUGCUUGGGAGCUCAUGAAUGAGCCUCGAUGUGUAUCCAAUUCAUCUGGCCCUCUUCUUCAGGCUUGGAUUGCUGAAAUGUCUUCUUACAUCAAGAGCUUGGAUAAGAAGCACCUUGUCACAAUUGGGCUUGAAGGAUUUUAUGGGCCUCGAAGAAGCGAUAAACUGGGGGUCAACCCUGGUACAUGGGCAGCUUCACUCUGCUCAGAUUUUAUACAGAACUCAGCAGUGGAGCACAUUGACUUCGCUUCAGUACAUGCAUAUCCCGAUAGCUGGAUCCCGAAGGCAAGCCUGGAAGAGAAAAUUAAAUAUCUUUCCAGUUGGGUGGAUUCCCAUAUUAAUGACAGCGAAAAUAUUUUGAGAAAACCAGUACUAUUCUCAGAGAUUGGCUCCCACAUAAAUGAAAAGAGAAAUGGGACAUAUGAUAGAGAUAUUCUGCUAAAAACUGUAUAUGAUAAAAUCUACGAAUCAGCUGAGAAAGAGCAAGCAGGGGCGGGUGCUCUUAUUUGGCAAUUGAUGGUUGAAGGAAUGCAAAGGUAUGGUGACAACUUUUCACUCAUAGCACGGGAGCACCCGUCCACACAUAAUUUGAUAGUACAGCAGUCCUGCCGAUUAGCUAAGUUAUUAACAAGAGGAGAAGCAAAUAGAACAGCUGAUUGGCAGUGUUCUAAACUACCAUGAUUUUACUCUUGGAUUUAGUACAUAGGAUUCUACAUGUUUACAUUCAUCCAAAUGUCGAUAAAGUACGUCAUUGCAAAUUCUGGAUUGUUUUAUCUAACACGAGGGAGGUACUUUGGUAUUAUUGUAUGCUGCACUGCAUAGUCUUUGGAUAAAAUGAAGUUGUAGCAACAAGCAAAAGCUGUUACAUGAAAAGACUGAUGAACAGCAGCCGCACUUUUGGUUCUUCAGCAAAGGCCAAAUUUAUUUUCAUACUUUCGAUUCUUUAUGUAUUGGUAAAUAUGAUGAUUGAUUCGUCUCGAACAAUGAGGUUGCUUCUUCAGAGUUUUUAUGCCUCGUUUGUGUUACACUUUGAUUUUUCCUUCUUCCCCCAACCUUUUAGGCUAAAAUUUUAUGCAAUAGAGUAUUCCGGCAGAUGGGCUUUUCUCU